AUGUCGUCGUCGUCGUCGUCGUCGUCGCCGCCGCCGCCGCUCGAGCUGACGGAAAUGUACGACAACGCGCUGCUGGGCAUUCUGCAGCACGUCGGAAACAUUCAAGACUUUCUGCAGGUCUACUUUGGAUUUUUGUACCGCAAGACCGACUUCUACCGACUCCUCACCGGGCCUGGGGACAAGAUGGGCUUUCCGCCAGGUGUCGCCGAGAAGAUGGUUGUCAAGACAUUCAAAAUGUUUGAGAAGUUUUCCGAGCAGAACCUCGGUCUGCAAAAGCGACGGGCCGAGAGCGCGGCGGCGGCGGUCCGGGAGCCGGAGGUCGCGUCGGAGGCCGAGGGGCGGGCCGAGAGCGCCGAGGCGAGACCGGGACCGGAUCCCGUUCCUGAGUCUGAACCAUCUGGGGGACCUCGGCCUGGCGGCGACUGCGCAGCGGUCCGGGGCGAGCGGGCGCCUCCGACGGCCGACUCGGCAAGGUCCGUCCAGAACGAGGCUUCGGACUCGGACAGCUACAACGGCGCGGUGCGGGACAAGUACAAGUGGUCUCAGGACUACAGCGACGUGGAGGUGCGCGUCUUCGUCCCCGAGGAGGUGGUCAAAGGCAAGCAGGUGCGCGUGGACCUGCGGAGCAGCGGCGUGCGGGUGUGCGCGGUGGCGGGCCCCCGAGAGCAGACCCUGCUGGAGGGCACCUUCCCGCACAAGAUCAACACGGAAAAUUCCAUGUGGAGUCUGGAACCCGGCAAAUGCGUGGCGCUGUCUCUGAACAAGUCGUCAGAGGUGUGGUGGAAGUGCGUCCUGGAGGGCGAGGAGGAGAUCGACGUGGACAAGCUGAACCGCGAGCGCUCCAUGGCCAGCGUGGACGAGGAGGAGCACGCCGUCCUGGACCGGCUCACCUUCGACUACCACCAGAAGCUGCAGGGGAAGCCGCAGAGUCACGAGAUGAAGGUUCACGAAAUGCUGAAGAAGGGUUGGGACGCCGAGGGGUCGCCGUUCAGAGGUCAGCAGUUCGACCCGUCCAUGUUCGACGUCCCGCCCGGCGCCGUGCAGUUCUGAGGCCCCGACGCGACGUUUGGACCGCUUCCUGUUUGUCGUCCCACCUCCCUCCCAAUGACGUCCCGCGACGCCGAGCGAGUCGACGACAGAUUUCUUUGUGACAAAAAGUCGUUUUCUGCCCACCAAUCAGCAAACUGCUCUCUUGUCUAGCUCCGCCCCUCCAGGGCGCUCCCAUACCCGACGGAUGAAAGUUUCUGGAAUGCAAUAAAAGGUUUGUUCUA